AUACAAUAAUGGAACAUGAACCGUAACACGCUUCUUCCUCUCUGUUCCUGCAGGUUCCACAUGAAGACUUUGAGAAAAUCGAGUCCCUGAAUGUGGUAAGUUUUAUAUAUAUUUAUUUACACUUUAUUCUUUGUCACUGGAUGAUUGUACAUGGGAAAUUUGGGCAUGCAUGGGUAUGUAUGUGUCUAAAUCUCUAACCUCUGCCUUUUCAAUUUUUUUCAAUGGCAGAUUGUUGAGAACAUAUGGCAUCUUCUUUCCAAAUACGUGGAAACGAUGAUUCGAGAGAGGAUUCAGCCUGACAUACGCGCCAAAAGCAAUUAUCUUGCCUCGUUCCGUUUCAUCAAUAUCGAUUUUGGCACGAAGGUAAUGAUCUCUUUCUGUACUUGGGUUAUUCCUCUUCUUGUAAAUAGAUUUCUUGUAACACCCCAAUCUUUAUGCUCAGCCCCCACAGAUAAAGUCUUGGAAAACUCAUGCGGAUCCAGAAAAAAAGCAAAUAAUGUUGGAUCUCGAUAUCAGUUAUAAUGCCGACAUAAAGGUGGAUGCUGGUUUUACGGAAAAAACCCCCAUAGCCGGCAUCAAAUCUAUAAAGCUGGAGGGAAUCUUGCGGGUAAUUUUGGCACCGCUGAUGGAGGACUCACCCAUAUUUGGAGCACUGACCGUUUAUUUCCCUCAUCGUCCGGUAUUGGAACUACAAUGGACCGGAUUUGCCCACCUACUGAAUAUUCCUGGACUUCAAACGCUGUCGGAAAGAGAGCUUGUGAACCAAAUCGGACAGAUCAUCGUUGCGCCGCAGCAUUUCAGCCAUCCCCUUGCAGCCAGAUUUGAUUUGGCUAAGCUGCAGUUUUUAGAACCCUGGAAUGCGCUUCGUAUCCGAGUCAUAGAAGCCAAAAACCUUGUUGCCAAGGAAAUUUUAACCAAAUCGUCGAACCCUUAUGUUGUGAUAUGCGGAGGAGGAACAACAGCAAAGACAAGGGUGAUACACAAGAACUUGAAUCCAAAGUGGAAUGAGACCUUUGAGAUAUUAUAUUCUGACCUCCCAGACCAGGAGAUAGAAUUUAAUCUCAUGUCUGACAAAGGCGUUAAGAUAAACCAGCAAUUGGGCAGUUGCAGAAUUAGAAUUAAAGAGGUGCCAGAGAGAGGAUUCAUAGACAAGUGGAUAGAUUUGGAGAACGUAAAGUCUGGCCAGCUUCAUAUCAAGGUGACACGUCUCAGGCUACUUUCAGACCCAACCCAACUGGAAGAGGUAAAGUCUCUGUUCCUUUACGCUGGCUGCCGUGGAAAUACGUUGGAAUGUUUUGUUGGUGCAUCAAAUUUUUUUUUGGUUUUCCAGGUGCUGAAAGUAAACGAACAAUCUCGGCCAAAAAGAGAUAAUGAGAUUGCUUCAGCCGUUCUGUACACCUAUAUUGAAAAAGGAAGGGGUCUGCCUGUUCUACAAAUGAAGAAGGACAAUCUGAAAGCGUUAGCUGUCGUGCAGGUUGGCGUUGAAGACAAUGUAAAGAAGUUUGGAAGCAGAAUAAAUAACGGAGAAGCAGAGUGGAAAAAGAGGUUCCAGUUCUUGAUAAGGAACCCACUUAAUGAGGAACUGAAGCUUAAGGUUCACAAUGAACACAAUAAGCCCAUCGGAAGUAUUACCGUGCGCCUAUCUCGCCUUCUGGCUGCUUCGGAAAUGACCUUGCAGGACUGGCUGCCCCUGGAAUCAACUGAACAGAAUAGUGAAAUCCGGGUGAAAUUACAAUUGAGGAUUUUGACCCCUGAUGUUGGAGCUCCAUCGCCCCAAGGAAAGACCAAGGCUCAAUAUAUCAAACCACGGACCAAAGUCAAGAAGCACUGAGCGUUCAUUUUACAAUCAUUAGGUGACUGGCCAGUCUACCAACUCAUAGACACAAUCCACACAAUCUAUUUGAUGAAUUAGAGCCAACAGAAAUUCCAAAUAAAGAAUUUAUUCCUGAUUCAAAUGAUAUUGUUUACCCGUUAUUAAGAUCAAAGCUAACGCGCAGGUCUCCCUCCCACGGUUGGACAAAUCUCAAGUCCUUUAUAGGAGUUAAAUGGAACAUACAGGAUCUAGGAGGCACAUUAGCUCAUAAGUGGUUGGACGUGGAAAAGUUUCAUAGUGACUUAAUGCAGUGUUGUAUUUGAAGGAAUCUAAAUAUUUCCUCUUGGGGAAUGUUAUACUGGUCACGCAAUUGUUGCACUGAGAGUAAGGGUGUCCGUUUAGGAAGGGUAAAUAUUGUAGUCAGGUUGUUUUGUUCCCACCACUGGAAGGUCCCACCAGAAAUCCCCGGAGGAAAGUCUGGGUUAGACCAAAAAACAGCUGGUUUAGAUGGAGAAACAAACUUAUAAGGCCAAAUCUGUGCUGUAUCUUGAGAGAAUGUGACAAUAUUUGGGUGUGUCCUUAAUUGUAUAGCGAAUCGUUUAGACCAUAAUACAUUUUGAACAUGCCCACUGUCCAGGGAAUCCUGGCUUCGGCACCUCUGUGCCACGGUAUGAGUUGACUAAGUUGGGCUUCUAUAUGGUAAUAGUGAAGGUUUUAGGCUUCCCUUCUAUUGCUCCUGGAAGUAGUAGAAGAGUUAAAUCUGAUUCUUUUGUUAUCCCACAAAAAUGUAUUGAAAACUUUUAGUAAAUAUUCUAUGCCUUCUGGAGGAGUAACAACUUUCAUGGUGUGGAGAUGCGUACGGACAUCUAAGAUGUCUAUGAAGAAAGUAAACUCUGCUGAGGCUCUGAGAUGGAGGAUGAAGAAGGAGGAAUGGGAGGAUUUAAUACCAACACAGAACUUUUGAAAAGAAGGUAGCAUGCGGUAAGGUAACUCAUGAUCUGCCCACAAUCUGAGGAGGAGGAACUUAGAAGACUAGAUUUUAUCUCCUACAUGAAUAAUUCAUUCAACUACCCUGAUGUAGCUUCUCGUCACCCUUUGGCAUCAGUUUAAGCUGUGAGCCAUGCAAGUACUUUUGGGGCAGAGGAGAAGGAUGCGGACAUCAAAGAUGCCCAUGAAGCAAGAAAUUCCAAGUGGAAAGUCUGGGUUAGACAAACCCUGAGAGAAUGUGACAAUAUUGGGUGUGCCCUUAUUUAUAGAGGGAAGCGUUUAGAACAUAAGGGGGGAUGAAGCCCGUUUAGGGAUGAAAUGGAGUUAUGCAAGGCCCCCUUCCACGUAAGGUGCAGCCCUUUUAGCCUCCCCCACCCCAUUCCCAGCUAGCCCCCAGGUAAGAACAAUGGAAAGGGGGAAAAAAGUGUGCGGGUUGGGGGUGGAAACAGAGGAGGAGCGUUGAGCAGGGCAGGGGUUUUAAGAGGAUGUGGUUUGUGAAGAGUUCAUACGUAUUUGUUUUUUGUUUCCCAUUCUCCCUCUCUAGGUAAGACGGAUCCAGUCGAGAAAAAGGUGCUCCAGGGUUGUUACGACCGAUCGCCUGGAUGGGGUCAGGAAGGAAUUUUUCUCAUAGCACUUAAUUGGCUGAAAAGUGCUAGAGUUUUCGCCUUCCUUUGGAGUACCAUUAUCUGUGUUGGUCAACAGAUUUGCUAGGGUCAGCUGCGGCUAGGCAUCAGUGCAGCUCUAGGUCUACGAAUUGGUUACAGUGCAAGCCUACCUUGAGUGAGUCACAAGUGUGCAUCAGACUGGGACUGCACGGUCUUCUCUGAUGCAUGCAAGUGACUGGGCUAGUGCCUUUUAUGCACAUUCAGGGAGCAGGGGGUGGGCAAAAAGGCGGUCACUGAGUGCGCCCGGCCCUGUGAUCUCUACUUCAUGUUUGGAAAAUUUUUGGGCAUUGAGCCCACGUUUUUUUGAGUUGCACAUUUUUUGGGCAGGGAGCCCACGAUUGGAGAAUAAGAGCCGCAUCUGGGGUCAGGGUGUACCUUAACUUUGAUUCUUUACGUGUAAAAUAAAGCCUGUGCCCUCCACUGAUUUUGCCAUAAUAUGUCUCUGUGUUUUAAUUGAAUGGUAAAGGCACAACUUGGGGGAUAGGGGGUUCCUUGGCCUAUACAUUUCGAACAUGCCCACAAGAAGGCCAGUGUUUUUAUGGACUUUCCUUGUGUACACUACAUCCCAAGAUAGUACAGUGGGUCACCUUACAGAUUUAGGGUCUAUGGCCCUGUUCAAUGGUCAGCUCUAUGGUUUAUGGACAUAGAUAUAUGGAUGUCAGUGUGAGCAUUAUGUUCAAGCUGUUUGUAGACGCUCCCUAUGUCUGUAUUGGUUUAUUCCAG